CCCGGCCUCCCUCUUCCGGUGUCGGGCUGCCGCAGUGUGGAGGGCGGCAGUGAGAGGCGGCGGCGGCUUCGGCGGCAGGGGAAGAAUGUUGGCUACCAGGGUGUUUGGCCUUGUUGGCAGACGGGCUCUUUCCACCUCUGCAUGUGUUCGAUCACAUGCAGGUGUUGUGAAGACUGAAGAUUAUAGUCUUCCAAGUUAUGUUGAUCGUCGUGAUUACCCCCUCCCGGAUGUGGCUCAUGUCAGGACCCUUUCUUCCAGCCAGAAGGCCUUAAAAGAGAAGGAAAAGCAGCCAUGGAGUAAAUUGUCUUCUGAAGAGAAAGUCCAGUUGUAUCAUAUCAAAUUCAAUGAGACCUUUGCUAAAAUGAACCAGUCCUCAAAUGAAUGGAAGACUGUUGUUGGGGCUGCAAUGUUCUUCAUUGGCUUUAGCGGUUUAAUUAUCAUCUGGGAGAAGCGCUAUGUUUAUGGUCCUCUCCCGCACACCUUUUCUGAAGAGUGGGUGGCCAUGCAGACCCAGAGGAUGCUGGACAUGAAAGUUGGUCCCAUCCAGGGGUUCUCUGCUAAGUGGGACUAUGACAAGAAAGAGUGGAAGAAAUAGAAGAAAUCGGGGAUCAUGCCUCCUGUUUAUUUGAGCCUAUUGUUCCUUCAUGUAUGUGCAACCCUCAGCAUAUUUACUGGAACGUUCUGUGAGAAACAUUAACCAUGAAAAUAAACAACUGACUUACUUGAA